UCCAUUUCUUGCUGACGUCAAUUUAACUUCACGGAUAAGGCAUUUUUUUCCCCAUCUUUAAAAAUCAAUCAAUCAAAGAUCUUUUUUCAUCGAGAGUUUCCAAAAUCUCUGAGAUCGAGAGAAUUUUCGCGUGAUCGAUCGGCUGCAACCAUGGGAGGAGGAAGAGUCAUGACGACGGCAGCGAAGGUGGCCGGAAUCGGAGUCGCUAAAGGAGGACUCAGGGGUGGAUUCGGUUUCCCGGCGGCGGGGGCAGCGCCUCCGGCAAAUGAUCAGUUUGUGGUCAGAAGCGCCGUAGCUACUAAGCCGAUUUCCGCCUCGAUUUCAUCGGUGGUUCAUCCUUCCGCCGAAGAAGACGCGAUGAGUAUGCAUAAGCCGGUUUGGGACGAUUGGGAAUUCGCCGAGGAGGAGCCGGCGACGAUUCCUAGGGUUGUUUUCAGCAAACCUCCUACUCUCCAGGAGGCUAAAGAAGCCACGGAAGAUCUCAAAGAGGCAAUCAAUCUGGUGUAUUUGGAUGGGUCAAAUGAAGGUGGUUCUGUUUCGAAAAUGCUAUCGAGUUUUCAAGCUUCUGAGAACAAAGCUGUUGAAUCAGCUGUUCCACAAGUUGCUCUUCAAGCAUUUGCUUUUCUGAGUGAAAACACUGCUGCGCAGUCUGUUGUUGCUUCCAUUGCGUCUGACCCAAAGGUGUGGGGUGCUGUAAUGGAAAACAAGGAUCUCAUGAGAUUUCUCGAGACCAACAACAAUACCGUUGAUUCCUCUCAGGUUGAAUCAGACAAUGACGAAAAAUCUGAAGAUUCGGGUACCACAGAGAGUGAAGAGAGUGAAGCAAAGCCAAUCGAAAUCUUGGAGAUUCUGCGAGACAUGAAGCUGAAAGCUGUUCGGAUGAUGGAAAACAUCUCAUCCUACUUUGGUGGUUUCUUCGGGUCAGAAUCUGUUACAGAGGAUGGGAAAGAGAAGAAGCAGACGUUUUACAACGACCCUCGUUCUCUUUUUGGAUUAGCUGUUUGCGUCAUCUUCAUGGUUGUUAUGAAACGUGCUUAAAAGGAUUCAGUUUUUUUUUUUUUUUAAAUGUGCCGAUAUAUCAAAAAAAACAACUACAAGUAAGAUCUUUUCGUUAUCGUUUAAAACUUUUUAACCUUUUUGUUUUGUUUGGAAUAAUGAUUUGGGGAACUGUCUUUGUCUCCUUUUCAUAAAUAUAAAAGAUCAUUUGGUUGGUUUAUUAUUUAUUCUAAUCAUUUUGCGCUCGCAA